GGCCCUCCCCUGCCCCUACUGACACCUUUGUCCGAUGAUGUCACUGGGUCUGACCCUGCGCAGACCUAGCUGGCGGCUGGGGCUGGAUCCUGGCUGCCAUGUUGUCCCUGCUGUCCCUCCCCUCCUGGAUCCCAAGCCUUCUCUCUCUGGAGUGGGGCUCCAGCCUCCUCGACAGCCUCCUGCAAGGCCUGGUGGCGGCCUUUGGAGUCUCGGUUCUGAGCAGCCUCCUGAAAGUGUACUUCUUCGUGGGCUGUGCCAAUGACCCCCAGCGGCGACAUGAGAAGGAGCGACUGGGGGCCCAGUGGGCCUCCCUUCAGAUGGUGCACCUGGUGGGACUCGCCCUGCUCCUGACAGUGGUGCCAGCCCGGGUGGCCGCCCUCGUGGUGCUGGAGUUCUCCCUCAGGGCUGUGUCCACACUGCUGGCUCUGAGCAAGGGCCCGGGGGACACAGAGCGACUGCAGCUCUACUUGCUGAGCCAGUACUCGCUGGGCUGUGGACUGAGCUGUGGGCUGAGCUUCCUGCAGGAGGGCGCCCCGCACCGCACACUGAACCUGCUGCUGAGCCUGGGGCUGGCCGCACUGCUGGGCUCCGGCGCCCAGCGUCUGCGCCACCAUGUCUGCUGCUUCUAUGAGCUGCACAGCAGCCAAAACUACUGUGGGGUCUGCCUGGGCCUGCUGGCCGGUGCUCAUGGCCUCCCCAGGCUGCUGGGCCGUGCCCUGGCUGUGGCCUUUGUUGUAGGCGACCUGGCAGCUGUGGCCCUCAUCAACCGGGACUUCCUGAGCACCUCGGAGGCCAUGCGUUUCUGGACGCCGCUCACCAUCUGCUACACGCUGCUGGUCAUUUACAUGCAGGAGGAGCAGAGGCAGCAGCAGCACUUCAGCCUGCAGAGCCAGGUGCAGACGGUGCUGGUGCGCAUGGGUGGCCUCUUUGUGCUGUUGCUGACUGUGGGCCGCUGGUUGGACCUCCUUGGCAUCCUCAUCUCUUUGCUGGGAGAGCUCUGGUGCCUGGUGGGCGUCCGCACCCUGCUUGACCUUUGUCAGAUACAGGGAUUUCCAUCCCGGAGGCCUGGGACAAGGGCAGUUCCACGCCAGCCUCUGUCCUCAUCCCAGGGGACAGCCCCGUCCUGACUUGCCCCAGGGUGGACUUGAGUCAUCCCAGGCCCACAGAGGCUGACCUGCCAGGACUUGACCUCAGGAUGCUGCCUGGAGACCAAGUGGAAGGGCUGGUCUCCAUGUGAGACCAGGGACAGGCCCUGGGGGCAGGAGGAAGGGAAGGCUGGGGCUGGGAACCUCAGAGGGUGGGGUACCUGGAAGGGCCCCAGGUUAAUCCCUCUUUUCUCGGGGUGGGCAGUGGAUGCAGCCUCCUCAGAGCUGCCUUUCCAGGAGGGCUAUGGAGAUGGAGGGACAACUUUGUUCUCAGAAUGGCUUCCCCUCACCCUUCCACAAAC